AUGCUCAAGAGCGACAUGGAGAAGUUCCGCAUCCUCAAGGGCGUCAACGAAGCUGAGAUCAAGAUCACGCAUUCAGCAAGCAGGAAAUACGCAAGCACGAAGCACAUCGACUGGCAGCAACAGCAUCACGUACCCUGUCCUUCCUUCGCUCGAGCCUACAACGACGACGACAACGACAACAACGAAUGUCCCGAAGCCCUCUCUCCUAGACGAAUCUCCCGCACGACGACAUCACCCUUCACGACGACAUCACCCUUCACGACGACAUCACCCUUCGAUAACCGCCACAGCUCCACCCUCCGCAUCUUCCACCAAAACCACCACUACCAUCCCAACCCGGCCCUCCAACCCCAGCCCUAG